AUGGGUACACCAAUGAGCUCGUCAACAAGACUCAACAAGGACGACAAAAGAAAUCCAGUUGAUAAAACUAAAUAUCGUGGAAUGAUCGGUUAUUUGCUUUACUUGACUGUCAGUCGACCAGAUAUUAUGUUUAGUAUGUGUAAAUAUGUCAGGUUUCAGUUAGCUCCUAAGGAAUCACAUCUGACUGCAGUAAAGAGAAUAAUUCGUUACCUCAUCGGAACUAUUUCUUAUGGAUUAUGGUAUCCACAUUCUAAUAAUUUUAAGUUGGAAGGUUUUUCAGAUGCCGGUCUUGCAGGUGAUAAGGAAGACAGAAAAAGCACUAGCGUAACAUGUCAAUUACUGGGAAAGGCAUUUAUUUCAUGGAACACUAAGAAACAAGGCUCAGUUCCAUUAUUCACAACGGAGGCAGAAUAUAUUGCCAUUGGGCAAUGCUGUGCACAGUUACUAUGGAUGUCUCAUUAA